UGGCUCGACACUGAACUCACCACGGUCAGUCAGCCAUGGGGAAGAUCACCUUCUACGAGGACCGCGGCUUCCAGGGCCGCUGCUAUGAGUGCAGCACCGACUGCCCCAACCUGCAGACCUACUUCAGCCGCUGCAACUCCAUCCGAGUGGACAGUGGCUGCUGGAUGCUCUAUGAGCGCUCCAACUACCAGGGCCACCAGUACUUCCUGAGGCGCGGGGACUACCCUGACUAUCAGCAGUGGAUGGGCCUCAGCGACUCUGUCCGCUCCUGCCGCCUCAUCCCCCACCAGACAGGCUCCCACAGAAUGCGGCUGUAUGAGAGAGAAGACCACAAAGGCCUCAUGAUGGAGCUGAGUGAAGAUUGCGCCUGCAUCCAAGACCGCUUCCACCUCAGUGAGGUGCGCUCUCUGCACGUGCUGGAAGGCUGCUGGGUCCUCUACGAGAUGCCCAACUACCGAGGCCGGCAGUAUCUGCUCAGACCUCAAGAGUACCGGCGCUUCAAUGACUGGGGCGCCGUAGAUGCUAAGGCAGGCUCUUUGCGGAGGGUGGUAGAUUUAUACUGA